AUGGCGAUCAAGACCUUGUGGAGCGCGAGUCUGCUGGUCUCGGGAGCGGCGGCCGCUGGCCACCUGUUUCCCGACUGCGCAAAUGGGCCGCUCUCGAACAACACAGUCUGCAACACCGGGGCGAGCGUGGCAGACCGAGCGGCGGCACUCGUGGCUGCCUUCACCAACGAGGAGAAGUUCAACUUGGUCAUCAACACCUCGCCUGGUGUGCCGCGUCUCGGACUGCCAAGCUAUGAGUGGUGGCAGGAGGCUCUGCACGGUGUAGCGUCGAGCCCGGGCGUCAACUUCAACAAGAACGCGUCGAUGGACUACUCGUCGGCCACUUCCUUCCCCCAACCAAUCCUCAUGGGAGCAGCGUUUAACGAUGCGCUGAUCGAGGCGGUGGCCACGGUAGUGAGCACCGAGGCUCGCGCCUUCAACAAUGCCAACCGGUCAGGACUCGACUACUGGGUUCGUCGCUACUCCGAUACUCCCAACAUUAACCCGUAUCGUGACCCACGCUGGGGCCGCGGCCAAGAGACGCCAGGCGAGGACACGUUCCACAUCAAGUCGUACGUCAAGGCCCUGAUCCGGGGCCUGCAGGGCCAGAUUGGGGACCAGUACGUCAAGGUGGUGGCCACGUGCAAGCACUUUGCCGGCUACGAUAUUGAAAAUUGGCUUGGUAACGAGCGCUAUGGCUUUAACGCCGUCAUCAGCCCGCAGGAGCUCAACGAGUACUUUAUGCAGCCAUUCCAGGCAUGCGCUCGUGACGCCCGCGUCGCCUCCAUCAUGUGCUCGUACAACGCGCUCAACGGCGUGCCAACCUGUGCCGACAGCUACAUCCUGCAAGACGUGCUGCGCAAGCACUGGAACUGGACCGACGAGAACUUCUAUGUCACGUCCGAUUGCGACAGCAUCCAGAACAUCUACAGCCCACACAACCACUCGUCGACCCGCGCAGGAGCGGCCGCCGAUGCCCUUGUCGCCGGCACUGAUCUUGACUGCGGCACCUACUACGCUCUACACCUGCCCGAGGCGUACCAGCAAGGGCUCUUCAACGACACGGCCAUCGACCGGGCCCUGAUCCGCCUGUACUCGGCUCAGAUCCGCCUGGGCAUGUUCGACCCUCCCGCGGGACAGCCAUACCGUGCCCUGACUUAUGCCGACGUUAAUACCAAGAGUAGUCAGGACCUGGCGCUGCGGGCGGCCGAGGAGGGCAUUGUGCUCAUCAAAAACGACGGGGUGCUGCCGCUUCAACUCCCGACUGACCGCAACACGACUAUAGCCGUGAUAGGAGGCUGGGCCAACGCCACGACGACUCUCCAGGGCAACUAUGCGGGCGUUGCCCCUUUUCUGCGCUCACCAUACAUGGGCAUCCGCGACCUUCCCAAUGUCAACGCGCUCUAUUCGGGCAGCCCCGGCGACCCAACGACCGACGGCUACCCGCCGGCCCUGCGUGCGGCCAACGCCUCCGAUAUCAUUGUCUACGUGGACGGCUCCAACAGCGGCGAGUCCGACGACCGUGAUCUUAUUCGCUGGUCAGGGGAACGUCGUGAUAUUAUGACCCAGCUGGCCGGCCUCGGCAAGCCCUUUAUCCUGCUGCAGAUGGGCGACCAGCUCGACGACACGCCGUUCCUCAACCACCCCAACGUCAGCGCCAUCCUCUGGGCCGGCUUCCCAGGCCAGAGCGGCGGCGACGCGAUUGCCAACAUCCUCACCGGCAAGACCGCCCCGGCCGGCCGGCUGCCCGUCACGCAGUACCCGGAGGACUAUGUCAACCAGGUGCCCAUGACCGACAUGAGCCUUCGCCCCAACGCCACCACGGGCAACCCGGGGCGCACAUACAUGUGGUACAACGCGUCGGUCGUCGAUUUCGGCUUUGGUCUGCACUACACCAACUUCACCGCGACCAUUGAUGCCGCCGGCGCGCCCACGCAGACCCGCUGGGCCAUCCCCAGCCUGGCGGACGCCUGCUCCGAGGCGUACAAGGACCUGUGCCCCUUCCAGACGGUGCCCGUCACCGUCAACAACACCGGCAGCGUCACCUCGGACUUUGUCAAGCUGGGCUUCAUAGCCGGCGCGCACGGGCCGGAACCCCGACCCAUCAAGAGGCUCGUCGCCUACGAGCGGCUCUUUGCCAUCCCCCCCGGCGGCGGUUGUGCCACGGCCCAGCUGAACCUCACGCUCGGCAGCCUGGGCCGCCACGACGAGCAGGGCAACCUGGUGCUCUACCCGGGCGAGUACAGCCUGCUGGUCGACGUGCCGACGCAGACGACGUGGAACUUUACCCUCACGGGCGACGAGCUAACCCUCGAGCAGUGGCCGCAGAUGACGGGCGAGCGCAAGUACCAGAACGUCUACGGCCAGACGGGCCAGGUGUAUCAGACGGGGCAGGGUUAUCAGAUGCCGCUGGUUGGAGGACACUAG